AUGAAUAUAAAUAUAACUUUAGUUUGUUUAGCUAUCUUAUUUAUCAUCAAAAAGGCUUUUUGUUAGCCUUGUGAUUUCAUAGGAGAAACAGCUAUGAAAAAGAUUAAACUCACUGAGAUAUAUCAACAAUUCUAAGCUAAUUAAUGCAAAUUAUUAACAAUAAAUAAUGUUUAAAUCGAUUGCAGUGAUAUAGAUACAACAAAAUUAAUGUUUACUUUUAAGAUCAACGAUUUAGAGUUAACUAAGUCUGUGUUUUCAUGUGAUAAUAUAGAAGUUUAAGCUAAAAAUGCUAUUAUAAAUGAUAGCUUUUUAGGAAGAGACAAAAUUGGGAGAUGCUGUUCAUUUUUAGAUCAAUACAAUUUUUAUUUAUAAGCAAGCGAAACUAUUACCUUAAAAGGAAUGGUAAGGCACUAAAAAGGAAAAUAUGGAAUGCUUAUUUUUAAUGCCGAUAAAGAAAUCAAGCUAACUGAUGCCACAGUAAUAGCUGGAAAUAUAGCUAUUCACUCUCUUUCAGAUAUUUCAAUUAAAAACUCAGAAGUUUCAUCAUAAUUUAUUUUUUGUCAUGAGAGUCUUCAAAAUUAGUAUAGCAUAUAGAAUUAAUAUGCUCCUGAGAAAUUCAUGCAAAUUCAAUAUGUUUAAUAAGGAGAUGUAAAAGUAGCUCAAUAUGAAAUAGUAAAAAUUCAAGAUAUUUUAAAAGAUAACAAAAAUAAAUUUGAUUUUACUACAGACUAUGAUUUCCUCUAUGAUGCUCUUAAAUACUAAUAUUCUAUUCUAAUUUAUUCCUAAGGUAUUAUAACAGUAUCUGAUAAUUCUAAUUUUGAUGGUUCAAGAAUGGCUUUCUUUUCUUCUGUCUAUGUGAUAAGCAAGGAUUCUUUACUUAACUCUACUGCAUAAGGUUGUCCUGCAGACUAUGGUCUUGGGAAAGGAUUAUACUUUGAUACUGUAGAAAAUUGUGCACCAAAUGGUGCCAGCUAAGCAAGUUAAGGAGGAAUAGGUUUACCUAAACCAGAUAAAAAUGGCAAUUUUUUAUAGCAGGAUAUUAAUUAAUGCGUAUUUUAUAAGUAGCAAACGAGCUUUAUACUGCAAAAUAUUCCUUAUUCUUAUUCAACUUUCUAUGAAGGAAGUGGAGGCUCGUUUAGAGAUGCAAACAAAAGGUUUUAUGGUUUAGGCUAAGAAGGAGCAGGUGGUGGUAUGAUAUUUAUUUAUACAUCAAAAGAAGCUUACAUAGAUGGAUAUCUGGAAUCUAAUGGUGCUUCCUUAUAAAUAUUAAAUGGAAGUGGUGGAUCUGGUGGAGCGAUAUUGAUUAAAGCUACUAAAAUACAUGGACAAGGAAAGAUAUCUGCUUAAGGUGGUGCUUCAGAUUAGUAUGGAUUAAGUGGUGAGGGAGCAGGUGGAAUAAUUAAUAUGUAUCAGCUGAAUUGGGAUAUUGAUAAAAAUAUUAACUAAUUUAAUGGAACUAUAAAUAUAAAUUAAGGACAAAGAUCCUUUUAAUCUUACAACUUGAGUUAAUCAUAAAUAGAGCAAGUAUAAGCCAACAAAGGAACAUUCAUAUCAUUUAUUUGUCCUCCAGGUUAUGAACCUUAAUAAAAUGGAUUUUGCAAGCCAUGUGAUGUGGGUUUCUACAAGAGUGGUUUAGUAGGAAAGUGUAUUAAGUGUUAAAAGCCUAUGCAAUUUGAUAAAAUAGUUGUGCCUACAAAGGAUUAAUCUAAAUUUGAAUCUUUAGGGGAUUGCUAUUAAAAUUGCAUUGAAUUUAAUUGUGAUCCAUUGAGGAUUUAUGUAAAAAAUGUCAUCAGUAUAAAAAUAAUUCCUUUCUUUAUAGCUUACCUAGCCGUUCUGUGUUUGGGUUAUAUUUCGAGAAGAAUUUUAAGGAUGAAACCCAAAAAAAUAGAUUCAAUUCCUAUUUAGCAUGUGAAGUAUGAUUACGAUGAUAGCAUUUUUGCUACAGAGUGCAAAGAAAAGGAUAUAUUCUUUUAUAGAGAUCUUUUGUAUCACAAAUAUCGUCUCCAAUUUUAUGGAGAAAAUAAUAUCAACAGUCAAUGGUACCUCUAACCUUAAAUACCAGAAGGAACAGAGUAAAUUUUUGACUAAAGAGACUUUGCAGAAUUUGCAUAGAAAGUUAACUAGACUCUCAAGUGGAAAAAAAUUGAUAUUAUCAUUCUGAAUAUUUUAAAUUAUCUUUAUUAUCCUCUUUAUUGGUUUUACCUCACCAAAGUUUAAAAGAAAAUUUACAAAAAAAUCAAAGACAAAAUACACGACGAGCCUUAUCCAAAAUUUUUAAAAGGCUCUGAUGCUGUGCAACAGAAAUACAUAAGAAUGAAAAUAACCAAAAGUGAUGACUACUCUAUACUUUCUUUAGAUUUAUUCAAUUAUAGUAAAAGAAACUAAAAAUAUUUUAAGAAGACUAUUCCAACGAUUAUUCAUUUCAGUGGAGAAGGAAGUUACUUGAAGCCAUAUUACAUUUGGCCUAGAGACCACUUUUUGCAGAGUGUUUUCUACUCGACCAAUAGCAGAACUUUAAAGAAUAAAGGAAAUCCAAACAAUGUCAACGUUUUUUGCAGCAACUAUAAAUAUCAUAGAGAAAAUAGUCAGACUUUUGAGAAGUUUAUUUAAGAACUUAAUAAGAUAUCAAGUACUAUUGAUUUUUACUCAGACAAGAGCUAUUUGUUUAAGUGCUUCUAAGAACUCAUACAACACUGUAGAUAAUUUAAUGAGGAUUUCUUGUAUUAGCUUGAUCUUAAGUUACAAAUUCUGAUUAUGGAAAUACCAUUUAACGAUUAUAUAGACGUUGAAACUCGAUAACUAACUAAUUAGCUUCAAAACUUCUAAGAAUCAUAUAAAUAAAGAAUUACUCUAGUUGAGGAUGAAAAUUCAUUGUCAUUUUAAAAAACUAUUGAGCGUAUCCAAAUUUAAAAAAUGAUUCAAAGUCCAAUUGACAUGAAGGUGUCUCUUUUUAUAUUUAGUACAUCAGAAGAUAUUGAAGAACUUAAAAUUAAUUUGAUUCCCGAAUUGGAAAUAGAACAAGAAGCUUUUCAAUCAAAAAUAUAGUAGUAUAACUCUACUCAUACAGUCAAUCCUUUCAAUUCUAUUGACUAUCAGUCUACAAAACAUUCUAAGAUAGAAUAAUAAGCUAAUCUAUAAGACUAAAAAGACGAAUUCAGAGAAAGUAGAGUUAAUAAGCAAUCCAUAACUGAGUUUAUGUAAAAUAUAAUCGACAAAUAAAAUAAUAAUUAAACUAACGACUAAGAUAAAAAAGACAUGAAGAAAAUAUAUAAGAAACUUGAAAAAAAAUAAAAGACUUUUUCUAAAAUAAUUAUUUAAAUUGGUAUAUUAAUGGGAUUCUUAAGAUUCCUAUUCUUAUCUCAUAGAAAUACAAAAACAGAGAAAGAAAUGCUCAUUUACGUUCUGACUGUUUUUAUUAUUUUAGAUAUUUUUUCAAUGACUUUCUUCUUUAAUAAUAUUUAUUAUGCUAAAGUUGAAAAUUUCUAAUUUUUCGAUUUUAUUCUUGUCUUCAUACCAUUCCCUUUCGUGCUCAUUAUCACACCAUUUAUUGGAUUAUUUUUGCUAACAAAUUAAUCAUACGGUAUGGGGAAGGCAUAUUUUAUUUUUAACUUCAUGGCUUUGAUAGUUAUAUUGAUCAGUCUAUUCUUAUCUUUGAUAUAUAUCCCAUAUGAGGGUUUUAAUUUACCUAUUUUCUUUAUCAAGAUGAGCAACAUCGUCAUUAAGUUAUUAAUAAGUUAUUGUGGAAAUUACUCCCUCCUUGCUUUGGACAAGCUAAAUAGAACUACUAUGUAUAAAAAGUGA